AUGGAGCCCGAGAAGGAUAUUGAAGCACUCGCUGACGGCGCUCCACAAGAGCCUCAUCAUGUACAUGCAUCGGCCACCCGGAUCCUCGAAAUCAAUGAUGGCGUUCCGCGUAACAAUGGUAUCGUGGCGCCCCUUUGGAAGGCAAUGUCUUGGUUCGAUCGGUUUGGGGUCGAGGCCAGAGGGAUCGAGCGAGUUCCGGAGAACGAUCGACCUCACGUUAGCUGGUGGGACAAUGGCACGUUGUGGUUCUCUGUCAACUCCUGUGUGGGCACAUUCAGUGUUGGCUACCUCGGGCAUCUGUACUGGGAUAUGGGACUCAGGGACGCUGCACUUUCUAUCGUCUUCUUCAACCUGCUGGCCUGUGCUCCAGUAGCCUAUAUGUGCAUAUUUGGCAAGGAGUUAGGCCUCCGUCAGAUGGUCCUGUCUCGUUUCUCUAUGGGCUAUUGGACUGGUCUCAUUCCCGUCAUAUUCAACCUCAUCGCUUGCUGUGGCUGGGCAACUAUGAACACUAUCGGAGGUGUUUCUUGUUGGCAAGCUGUCAGUUCUACGCAUCAGAUCCCAACUGUGGCUGCGGUCGUCAUCCUUGCACUCCUCGGCUUGUUGAUCUCGUUCUCCGGGUAUAGCGUGAUACAUAAAUACGAAAAAUUUGCAGGCUACCCUGUGCUUAUUGCAUUCCUUGUGGCGAUGGGAACGUCAGCGAAGUACAUGGACCUUCCCGGGGCCUGGAGAGGUUCAGGUCCGAUUGAAGCGGCUGGAGUGCUCAGCUUCGGAUGUGCUAUUGUUGGAUACGCAAUUGGCUGGGUCGGCUUCGCCGCUGACUUCACAGUCUCGAUGCCGAAAUCUACAAACUCUCACAAGCUGUUCUGGGCGACCUAUACCGGUCUUGUCAUUCCAUUGGUCUUUAUUGAACUCAUGGGAGCGUUGGCCGUCACGACUUUUGUGGCCAGACCUGAUUGGGAAGACCGUUUCGAAUCCGGCUCGGUCGGAGGGUUGAUUACUUCCCUUCUGGAGCCUUGCGGAGGCUUUGGCAAGUUUUUAGUCAUCAUCAUUGGCCUCUCGACAGUUGCCGUCAACACACCGAACGUCUACAUUUUCACGAACACAUUCCACGCACUUUCGCCGUACUGUCAGGCGGUUCCGCGCCCAUUUAUCGCCUUGAUCAUCAGUGUCGUAUAUGGAGCCUUGGCGGCGACCGGGGCUAAAUCUUUCUCCACUGUCUUGGAGAAUCUACUGCUAUUCCUAGCUUACUGGCUGGCUAUGUAUUUCGGGGUGGUUGCCACGGAGCAUAUUGUCUUCCGGGCAAAUGACUUUGACAACUAUGCUCCAGAUGACUACACUAAUGCUCGUAAGCUACCAAUGGGUGCCGCCGCUUUCUUGGCUUUAGGUUUAGGCUGGCUGGGUGCGGCGUUAGGUAUGUCCACUUCUUGGUUCGUUGGGCCAAUCGCUCGAAAGAUCGGAGGGGGAGGCGAUGUGGGCUUCGAAUUGGCCUUUGCGUUUGCCGUUGUGACUUUUAUUCCCGCUCGAUACGUCGAAAGGAAGAUUUGGGGUCACUAA